AUGGUUGCACCAGGAGAUGAUUCCCAACCCAAUGAAAACCCCAAACAGUUCUUUCACCCUGCUUUUGCUGUAACAAACAUAAAAAAUGCUAUACCUAUAAUUCUUGAUCAAUCUGAUGAUCGCUUUGCAUCAUGGGUUGAAUUCUUCAGCAUUGUUGCUUGCGCUAAUGACAUUCUUGAUCACAUAAGUACAGAAGCUCCUCAAUCUCCUUCCGUUGACGAUACCACAUGGAACCGACUGGACACCCUCAUCAAACUGUGGAUUUACUCUACUAUAACUCUGGAAGUACUUAAAGUGAUCAUGCUACCAGGAGCCACCACACAACAACUAUGGGACCGUUUGCAGGAAAUUUUUCAAGAUAAUAGGGCAACGAGAACUCUCUCCGACCAACUUGCAAAUGUCGAUAACCCUGUAUCUGAAAUGAAAAUGAUGUUACAGUUGGUCUCCGGCUUGACCCGUGGCGAGUUUGACACCAUUGCUGCCUUGAUUCAAUAG